GGCCGGCUGGCGGCGGCAGCGCGGCUGCCAAAGCGGAGUCAGCGCGGGCGAGGCGUCGGGUAUGGCUCCGCCAGCGACGGGCGGGAUCCCGCCGACUUCUCCCUCGCUGGGCCCGACGGCUGCCUGGCUGGGCAACCGCUCCGCUCUCGAUAAUCGAGAGUUUGUCCAGGUUUUGUCAAGCUAUGGCUUACAGACAACUACUUUGACAACUAAAACUGAUGGCAAUGAUGGCAAGGCUGAACACCUAGAGUAUAUUGCCUUUGCAUUGGUUCCUGUUUUCUUCAUCAUGGGUCUCUUGGGGAUCCUCAUCUGUCAUGUCCUUAAGAAAAAAGGAUAUCGUUGCACAACAGAGGCCGAACAAGUAGAAGAAGAAAAACUUGAUGAAAAAAUAGAAAUGAAUGAAACUAUGCAUGAGAAUAGCGACACUGUGGGACAAAUUGUUAACUACAUUAUGAAAAAUGAAGCAAAUGCUGAUGUGUUAAAGGCCAUGGUAGCAGAUAGCAGUGUCUUUGAACCUGAAAGCCCUUUAUCUCCUACCUCUCCUGGGAGUCCGACGAGUCCAGGGUCUCCUUUGUCACCUGGUGCUAUUCCGUUUAAACACAGCUGCAAAGGCCAUCACUUCCAUACUGUUGGAGGAGUAGUAGAAAAGGAUGUUUGUACUCGUUGUAGCCACAAACGAUGGCACCUUAUAAAGCCAGCUCACAAAUCUAAAGAGCACAGAAGAAGUCGUCUUGGAGAAGUCACAGUCCUUUCUGUGGGAAGGUUUAGAGUCACAAAAGUGGAGCACAAGUCAAAUUCCAAAGAACGGAAAAGCUUAAUGUCUGUUACUGGCGUGGAGAGUGUCAAUGGUGAUACGCCUGCCACGCCUGUGAAACAGGAAGGGAGCAAAGCACCUGCCACGCCUGUGAAACAGGAGAUGCAAGAGAGGAGAAGCUCAGAGUAAGCUGCAGGUAUCAAACAUUGGGAACUCGUAUUGAAAGUGGUGGAACUUUUAGAAGAAGCUUGUCUGCUAGCACUUUGGAGAAAACUGAAAACUCCCAAGAGAUGCAUACUAUUUAAGGAAAUAUAUUUAUGGCACUGUAGCAUUUUACAAGUUCUGUGAUGGCAUCUAUGCAAGGUUAAACACUUAAUGGUUCUUCACCAGUAAAAUCAGUAAGAUUUAGACAGAAAUACUGUUGAGCUGUGUGGACCUCAUACCAAAUGUUGGGCUUCAUCUUGGAAAGAAAAAAAUACAUAUAAGUUUUUGGACAGGAAAGGUAAAAGCCUUAUCAAAUAAUCUUAAUUUUUUUUGUACUUAGACAAGCAUUUUUCAUGAGCUUAAUAUUACGAGUAAUAUGAUUACCCUGUGGAUAAACUGUGUUCAUCCCUUUGGUCCAUCUGGAUUUUUCUCCUCUGUUCUUCCCCUCCAGAAUUGACAAGUGUUUGCUGAAGAUAAAAGCCACCCUUUGGAAGAUGAAAAUAUUCUUUUAAUCCUACUGCUAGUAGCCAAGCAAAACAUACAAGGAAAUAAUUAAUAUUAGCCAAAAUCUGCAUGUGUGCUUUUAGUACAUAAGCCCUCAGACUCUGUGAAGGGUAUUGCACAGUACGGAGUGGCUCAGCUAUAUGCAGAUGUUAAAUUGUUGUCUUUCUCCCUUCUACCUCCCCUUUACUACUUAACAUAGGCUGAAGAGCACCUUUUUUGAUGCAGUUGGGUGAGCUCGUGGGAAGGUUACUUUCCUCAAGGCCACUUGUCCUCCCGUUUUCUUGUAACUACUCACUUGUAUUUGAAGAAUGCCUAAUAGUUUUGCAUUUCUCUUUUGUUUUACCCACAGGUGUUCCUUAUUAAGCUAAGGCAACAUAUUUCAACCAUUAGAUAAGGAUAUGGAAUAUUUGGCAUUAAAAAUUUAUGGAGUAUAUACUAAAGUACUUCAGAGUGGCUUUAUUGGACUGAGGGUAGCUGUUUUCAUUGGCACCAAAAUCUUAAGCCAGUGUCACUCCCUUCAUAUGUUAACUAUGACUUAUUGCUGAAAAUACCAAUGAUGGUUUUGUGAUGUUAAUUCUUUGUGUCUACUUAUGAUCUCUGUUUUGUCCUGUUACUUGUUUCAGGGAGGGAAAUCUUUGCAAUACUUCAGCAAACUUUGCUGUGUAAUAGAAACUGAAAAAUAACAUUUGUUCUGAGUGCCUAAGAAUAUAAGCUCUAAUGUAAUGCAUUAUAGUAGAGAUUGCACUAUAUUCUGAGAACUGUAAAGUAACUUACUCUGCCUUAUGAACUCAAUGAAAAUCAGUGUUUGUUUGGGAAUUGAUUUGUUUUAAAUGAAUACUUUCAAUCCUUUUAGUCCAAGUGCUAUAAACUGUGUUUCUCCUUCAGAUCUGAGAAUCAGGUUUCUUCAUCAGUUUAUGCAGUGUUAACAAUCAAUAUGUACAAAGAUAAAAAUUAAUCUUCUUGCUUAUGUAUUAGAUACUCCCACAUCUUGUAAGGAAACAUCCCAAGUUUAUUUCACUCUUGCUGAAAAUAUGUGCUGCUGCUGGUCGUCUUUCUACUUGUAUCCACGAGAUACUGACUGGACCUAUCAAUACAUACUUUUCAUUGAUGCUGUAUUU